CUGAUUGUCUAUUCUUGCCAAGUUGUCGAUGUGAUAGUUCAGUAGCAGUUGGUAAACAAAACGAACAAAAUAUACUCUGCUGGAUGCGAUCGCAUAUUUAUUAAUGAAAGCGAAAUUAGUAAAUAAAUAAUUGAAAAUAGUCCUAUAGAACAAAUUCUUUGUUCACUUUUUCAAAAAAUCAGCCAUUCACAAAGUGAUUUAUUAUAACAUUCCAUUUUAUCCAGUAUCUUUUAUGUACCGAUAAUGUCUCUGUACAAAAUAAGGGUUGCUGGUCUGGAAGAUAUUUUACAGCAAGACGUUAUUGACUUGAAAUCGCUCAGAGAUUUUUGCUUCUAUGGUAUUCCUGAUUGCAAUGGAUUGCGCUCACUAUGUUGGAAGUUGAUGCUGGGGUAUUUGGGCCCGAAGAAAGACACUUGGUCUGCUACAUUGACAAAGAAACGUGAAUUAUACAAGCAGUUCAUUGAAAUGGUUAUUCCUCCUGGCGAUGGGGAACAAGGCCGAAGCAGUUGUGUCGAUCACCCAUUGAGCGAUGGGCCUGAAAGCAACUGGAAUACGUUUUUCAAAGACAAUGAAGUAUUACUGCAAAUCGACAAGGAUGUUAGAAGGCUUUGCCCAGACAUAUCGUUCUUUCAGCAGGCCACAGAUUUUCCAUGUGAGUCCGUGGUUAGCCAUAACCGAGAACGAAAGUUGCAUAUUAGAGUUGCACCAACAACUCUCAGUUCAGCUAAUGUUGAAAGAAAAGGACUAGGUGUGACCAAGCAAAUCAAUUUAAUUACCAAAAGGGCUACUGAAAGUUACGAAGCAAUGGAUGAAGGACUAGAAGCGCACUGGGAGGUGGUGGAGCGAAUCUUGUUUCUGUACGCAAAGCUGAACCCUGGACAAGGCUAUGUGCAAGGCAUGAAUGAAAUUAUAGGACCAAUCUAUUACGUAAUGGCUUCUGAUCCCAAUUUAGAAUAUCGCAAACACGCGGAAGCCGACUGUUUCUUCUGUUUUACCGCUCUGAUGGGCGAAAUUAGAGAUUUUUUCAUCAAAACGCUAGAUGAAUCGGAAGACGGAAUCAAAGGCAUGAUGGCAAAACUAUCAAACUUGCUAAAAGAGAAAGAUUCCGAAGUUUGGACCAAACUGCGAGAUCAGGAGCUCUACCCACAAUAUUAUAGUUUCCGGUGGUUGACACUACUGUUAUCACAAGAAUUUCCACUGCCAGACGUUUUACGAAUUUGGGACUCAGUAUUUGCCGAUGAGAAGCGAUACAACUUCCUAGUGAAAGUGUGUUGUGCAAUGAUUGUUUUACUUCGCGAACAAAUCCUAGAAAACGACUUCGCCAGUAAUGUGAAAUUAUUGCAAAACUUUCCUCCUAUGGACAUUAAAGUAGUUCUGAAGAAAGCUACCAGCCUUGAAUAGUAUAGACUAUGAGCAACGAACAAUCAAUCUCUUUUCCAAAUCUUUGAAAUUGACUUUAUUUUUGUACACAAAAGAUU